AAUACCCUCGAGUGAUUUUAUAUUCGCUGACUUGAUAGAUUUCUGUCGGCUAAACGUUAGCGCGGAGGAUUUUUCCAGAUAGCUUGUUAUCAUUUAGUAGCUGAGCCUCCUCGGCUACGAGGGUUUUAACUUCAUAAUAACACAACGUUAAGGUUUCACAUGCGUGUUAAAGCCGUGAGCGAUGUAGAAAAACGGCAGAAGAGAAGGGAAACGUGCUGUAGCUACGAUAAAAGCGGCCGUUUAAAUCACGAUAAGAUAAGACAUGUUGUCAGAGCUGCUGCUAAAGGAAACUAAUAAUUCUACUCAGCGCACAAGAUGACGAGGACUUUGAGUGGGAACCUCCAACAGAAGCAGAGAUGAAGGUGAUCCAGGCGCGUAGGGAGAGGCAGGAUAAAAUCAGCAAGCUGAUGGGAGACUACCUGCUGAAGGGCUACAAGAUGCUGGGAGACUGCUGCGACCUGUGUGGGACUAUUCUCCUUCAGGACAAGCAGCACAAAAACUACUGUGUCUCAUGUCAGGAGCUGGACUCUGAUGUGGACAAGGACAAUCCUGCUCUGAAUGCUCAGGCUGCCUUGUCCCAGGUCAGAGAGAGGCAGCUGGCGUCCCAGUCUCCUGCACCGUCCCAGGUCCUUGAACUGAACGGAGGUCCCUGUAACGCCCAGACCAGCGCGGCGGUGGCGUCGGCAGCGUCGGGGGCGGCGGCGUCCGUUCCUCAGCCCAGACCCGAGCACUGCGAGGGGGCCGCCGCGGGGGGCAGGGCCCUCCUGCCUCCCCCCGCCGUCCCUCCCCCGUCGACCCCCGCCUCCGGCCCGGCCCUGGCGCCCCCUCGCCCCCCGGUCUCCCCCCAGACCUCCGCCCUGCGGCCUGUGCUGGAAGAGGCGGAGGAAGUGGUCCUCACCAAACUCCGCUGGGCCACCACCCAGCUGCAGAGCUCCGCCUCCCUGGAGGCCAGCAUCCAGCUGUGCAGCCUCAUCACCAGCUGUGCCACGUCGCUGCGCAGCCUCAAGGAGCUCAGCCAGUAGCGGAGCCCUGUUUCUGCUUCUGCUUCUGUCUUGGAACACUGACUCUGGUUCGACUUUGAAUCCUCGCUUAGAGCUGAAGCCACAAUUGGUCAGAAAACGCACUUGAAAUAGGAUUUUAAAAAAGUUCACGCAGUCAGGACAGAAAUGCUUUGUUCAUCUGAAUGUUUUUGUCAAUUUCUUAGUUGGAACUACGACAAUGGAGCGUUUAAUUUGUAUCCAUCUGAUCCUUUAAAGCUACAGAAAACUAGCAUGUGUUAAUAAUAAUAAUAAUAAUAAUAAUGAUAAUGAGUCGUAGUUAAUCCACGUCUGUUACUUUAAACACAUCCAGAAAAAUAAGUUUGAUUUCAAACAGAAAAAUGAUAGAAAAGCUCCAGAGCUUCCGGAUCAGAUUAAACCUGUCGCUGCUCCGUCUGACUCUCCGGUAGAUUCCUGUGCAGGUGUGAACAGGUGUGAGGUUUUUAUUGUACAUAUGUCCGACCGUAGACAGGGAAACGUUUCAGCUGUUCCUCAGCAGGCGGCUCUUCGCUGUGGAAACGCCGGCUCCAGCUGGUUUUCUAACGGAACUCGUCCUCUUCAGGAUCCCUGCAGCUCGGCGGCUCCCAGCAGAGGGCGCCAAAAGUUCAGAGAAGAUGGUUAAUUGGAAAAUGAUGCAAAUUUUAAAUAUCAAUAAAAAAUGUCCGUUGCAUUUAAAAA